AUGGUGGUGUCCAAGGCAUCGCCAUGCUUGCAGGAGAAGUGGAAUAUCCUCGGAGAGCUAUUCACAGAGCUGCUAAGCGUGUGUUUCGCUCGUUGUUUCCUCAUGUACAUGUGCACAGUCUUUGUUUUGACUUUGGUUGUGUCGUCCAAAGACCCUAUCAUUGCGUCUCCCACAGGAAAUGCUGCCGGCUCGCCUUUUGUUGUUGCUAUGAGGAGGGCCGGAAUCAGAGUUUUACCUCAUAUCAUCAACGGUGUUGUUUUAACAUCUGCUUUGUCUGCAACAAAUUUGGGAGUUCUUCAAUCUUCCAGAGCCUUAUUUGCCUUGGCAAGCAUGGGACAAGCGCCAAAGUUCUUCUUGAAAACGAAUAAGUUUGGAAUGCCGUACUAUGCGCUUUGUGUUCCGGUUAUCUUUAUACCAUUGGCCUUCAUGUCGGCAUCUCAUGCAGCUUCCACUGUGUUCCUGUGGUUCCAAAGUAUUACGGCCUCUAACCUUUUGGUGAACUGGAUCACAAUUUCGAUAAUCCAUAUUCGCAUGUCCAAAGCCAUGAAAGUUCAAGGUUACACUCGAGAGGACUUACCGUACACUUUUCCAGGUACACCCUAUGCUUCUUGGUUCUCUUUGUUCUUUUCCGCUCUCCUUUUGAUAACAGGCGGGUUCACUAACUUCAUUCACGGACACUUUUAUUUCCCAUCUUUCUUUUCUGCCUAUUUCAUCAUCCCCUUAUGUCUUUUGUUGGGCCUUUUCUGGGGCAUAGUGAAGAAGUCAUUCCUCAGAAAGCCAGAGGAUGUGGAUUUGAAAUCAUUGUUCGAUGAUGUGAAAGAGAGACCCGAACCAGAGUACCCGAAGUUGAGAGGAUGGCGGUGGUUGACCACUUGA